UUCCCAUCAUCGUGAUGGAACCAGUAAGAACUAUUCGCUGCCUUCCACAAUGAAUGAGAAAAUUCUGGUUCAGCCUAGCUGCCUAACACAACCUCUGAUUGAGUUCCGUGCGCCUGGCAAGGGAAGCAGCACCAAGAAGAAUUUUAAUGCGGCCCAGUCUGUACCCACGGUGCAACUGAAUCGGAUUAAACGGAAUUAUUAGAUAUCAGGAGAUGUUAAACAAAGGCUCAAAAGAGAAAUGAACCAAGAUUUCCGAAAUUUUGCAAAAUAUUAUCCCAAAAUGCAGUGGUCUGACGCCAUGCAAAGGAAGUUCUCGGCCCCGAAUGAGCCAAAUUUUCUCUGCGAUGAGCAAACAAGGACUACAACUGAAACCAACGAGGACUCUGGUUAUUACCACGCACCUAUCCAAGCCGUUUCAGCCUGGCCGAGUGGCGAGGGGUGGAUGCCGUACGGGCCGAGCGGGUAUUAUGACGCGCCAAAAUUACCUUGCAUUAGUCGUCAAAGCCAGUCCAAUUCCGUCAGUCAGUCAGGAGAUGACAACAACAUCCUACCACGGCUGCUUCGGCAGCAUCUUUCACUACGGAGGAAAUCGGGCAUCUUUUGUACUUAGAUGGUAGUAGUCUGUCUUUAAUUGUGCGGGAAUCGAUCAAUAAUUCUAGAUCCAAUUUUCCCUUUCUGUCGAUCCAUUGUUGACGGGACGGAUCAACUACU